CAUAAGAUCGAAACAAAUGGAUGUCUCCAGUACUACCACCGGCAGUGCCAUCAGUUCCUUCCUCUUCCUCGCAUUUGCAUGCUUGUCUACUACUCUCCCUCUCUCUGCCAACGCAAGACAUUUCCCUCGCAAAUAUGGCAGCAGCACAAGCUCUAGCGCCAUGAUCAAUGGCAGCAGCAGCAAGUUCUCCUGGCCACUGCUACCAUGGAAGAACUCCGGCAGCAGCCAUGGCUCAGGGAGCGGCCACGGGUUCGGCUGGACCAUCUCGCACAACGGGACGUACACCAACAUCGGAUUCGGCGGCGGUAUCGGCGGCGGCGUUGGCACAAACAGCUCCGGCGGCUCGAGCGCCGGCGGCGGAGCUGGUCUUGGGGUCGACAUCAGCAUCGGCAAGGGUGGAGUGGACGUGGCGAUCGGUGUUGCCGGAGGUGGCGCCGUCAGUACGGGCAACGGCAGCGCGAGUGUCGGCGCUGGAGGUGGAGAAGGCGUCGGAAUCCACUUCGGCCCCGACGGGGUGACCGUCACCCAUGGCGGUAGUGCCGACGUGGGCGUUGGCGGUGCCGGCAGUGGCACCGGCGUUGGACGUGCUGGCAGUGCUGUGGGCAGUGCCCAUGGCUCUGGAGAUGCAAGGGGUGGAACAGGGAGCGGUGGAGGGAGUGGAGCUGGCUCUGGCCAAGGCGGCUAUGGAGGAGGCGGCGGUGGUGGCACCGGAAGCGGCGGUGGCCAUCCGUAAGGACUACUGACUGUCCUGUGUGUGUGUGAAGGAGAAGUGAGGUUUCAAUUAAUUAUGUGCUAUAUGUAGCGUGUAUCGUGUAACCAUGCAUUGUUGUGUGAUGGUUUUCGUGGUGAGAAGCAUGUAAUGUAGCCGAAUCUACGAGUCAUUCAACAGCGUUUUACUCUCACAACAAAUCAGCCAAACAAACAAGUGUGGUGAUUUUAGAUUUUGUUGAAUGAAUAUUUG